CCCGCAGAGGGAGCACCCAGGUGUCUGACCCCCCUGCUUCCCGACAGAGACCUCUUCUCCUUCCCGGCCCGGCUCUUCCCGACAUGGCUCUGUCCCUGGCAGGCCAGUCGAUCCCCGGAGACGGCGGAGACUCGCUCGGGAUGACCCCCGCCGGCCUCGCCUCCUACUACUCCUCUUUGCUCCCUCCCGCCCAUUACUUCGAGACGGCCCCCGACUUCUUCCAGCCCCUGAAACCCUUGAGCGGGCUGGUUUCCUCCUCGCCGCCUCUGCCUCCCUUCACCUUCAGCAGGGUCCCCGCUUUUCUGAGCCAGCCGCCCCCCCUGCCCACCGACCCUUUCCCCAGCCUUCCUUUGCCCGUCUACACCAGGCUGCCGGCCCCCUUCCCUCCCAGCGAGGGCUCGGCCCUCGGGACGGGGGCCCCGGGGCCGCUCUCGCCGCCCUACCCGAGCCCCCCGCGCAGGGCUGCCCGCAGCCCGGGGACAGACGGGGCGGCGGGGCAGAGCUACAGGUACCACUUCACCGAGGAGGAGCUCAACGCGGUGCUGUACGGGGCACUCCGGAGCAGCCAGCCCACCGGGAAUCUCCACGCCAUCUCGGGGCUCCGGCUGUCCCCCGCCAGCUCCGGCGCUGCGGACUCCGCCGCCCCGCUGCUCGACCGGGACUCGCUGCAGCUCCCCGAAGGGCUCGCGGUGCUGCGGGUGGCCUACGGGGACGUGUCCCAGCUCGGAGUCUUCUGUACGGACACCAUCCCGAAAGGAGUCCGCUUCGGCCCUUUCCAAGGCAAAGUGGUCAACACGAGCGAGAUCAAGACUUACGACGACAACUCGCUGAUGUGGGAGAUCUUUGAAUACGGUAGCCUGAGCCACUUUAUAGACGGGAAGGGAGCCGCUGGCAACUGGAUGUCCCUGGUGAACUGUGCCAGGUUCCCCGAGGAGCAGAAUUUGACGGCUAUCCAGUGCCAGGGACAAAUCUUUUACGAGAGCUGCAAAGAAAUCUUCCCGAAGCAGGAGCUGCUGGUGUGGUACGGCGAUUGCUACGUGCAAUUUCUGGGCAUCCCCAUCAGCUUGAAGGGCAUGGCAGAGGGGAAGAAACCGUCGCAGCACCCCGAAGAAGCCGGGGAGAGCUUCAAGUGUGAGCGCUGCGGCAAAGUUUUUGCCUACAAGUACUACCGGGACAAACACCUCAAGUACACCCGCUGCGUGGACCAGGGGGACCGCAAAUUUCCUUGUCAUCUUUGUGACCGAUCCUUUGAAAAAAGAGACAGACUGAGGAUCCAUAUUCUCCACGUUCACGAAAAGCACAGACCUCACAAGUGCUCUGUGUGUGGGAAGAGCUUUUCUCAAUCCUCCAGCCUGAACAAACACAUGAGGGUUCACUCUGGGGAGCGCCCCUACAAAUGUGUCUACUGCAACAAGGCCUUCACAGCAUCCAGCAUCCUGCGCACUCACAUCCGCCAGCACUCAGGGGAGAAGCCCUUCAAGUGCAAGCACUGCGGCAAAGCCUUCGCCUCGCACGCGGCGCACGACAGCCACGUGCGGCGCACGCACAGCAAGGACAAGGGCUGCACGUGCUCCGAGUGCGGCCAGCACUUCCCCGAGCAGGAGGAUUACGACUUCCACAUGAAGAUUCAUGCUGCUCAUUAGUCAGGAACCCCGUGGACGUGUCCCGGACCAGCUCACGUGUAUAUCGGUCUAUGUGUGUCUGUUUGUGCGUGGCUGUGUGCGCAGCAGGUGACGCCUGCAGUGGCUCUGGGGGUAGGUCUGGUCUCUGGCACAUGACUGAGCACAGGGAACAGGAUAUAGCCUGAUGCCCUGAUACUCUGCCUCUCUUCCCAUAUCCUAAUCUCUAAAGGCAGGAGGGAUUUCUACCUCUCAUAACCCCUUUGUGCACAAAUAUCACUGUGAGGAGUGUUUCUACGUCCCUAAUGCCUGUGGACUGCCUGGUGCAGUCUGUAUCAAAGCUUGUGUGAGGGGUGUUUUCAUCAGGUGCAUUUCUCAAAGCUGAUUUAACCUGUUCGUGUUGUUUGGACACAUGACCACAAGUAUAUUGUUGAAAUACCCUUAACCUGUCUUUUGGUAAUGUUCUAUUUAAAUGUGAACUUCCUCAGAGAUACUGACUGCUGGACCAACAGAGAGCUUUUUUAAGUCAUUCGGCGUCUGGGAGACUGAGGGCUCCAGGACUGUGACAGCAACUCUUCCAGAGGGUGCUGGCUGCUGGAUAGCCCAGAGGGAGAAGAGUGGGGUGUGACAAGAUAUAUGCAGGUCUGAUAGUCCAGCUAGAAGAGAUAGUGGAUUUUGGUUUUUUUCUUCUCAAGAAUUUGGAGGACCAAACAUUGGGUGAUAUUCCUAAGCAUCAGUGAGCCAUUGGGUGGAUAAUGCCCAGACAAGUGACCUCACAGAGAAGUUUCAUUGUGGACACAGAACAGGCCAGGAGCAAGCAAAAUCCCAGCAGUGGGCUCUGCUUUCUGAAUUUCCCUGAACCUCUCUGGUUCUGGCCAAGUGAAUCCUUACAGUGAGCCCUGAUAUAAAGGGUGGGCCCCUCUGCUGCCUCCUGGCUUUAUGUUCGAUGACUGUUGUAGUGGCACUCCCUUCCUUUGCCCAAAAUAUAAGAUUUAAGUGUGUCAAAUAAGUGAUAUCAGGGUUUCUCAGUGCCUAAAACUCUGCACAAGGAAUUCCUUCCCCAGCUGGCAGGAAAGGCUUUGCUUCCGUGGGAGGACUGGAAGGUGAGGGACUCCAUGUCUUGCUGGACCUACAAGAAAGGCAGGAGUGAUUUGUGCAGGUUUAUGUACUUUCAAAAUUGUUAAGAAUUCUUAAGAAAGCAGGAUUCCAUAUCAAGGUGGAAUCUUUACUAGGAGACUUAACAAAAAGCCUGUGCUGAAGAACUGCUGAGGAUAGGGAGUGCUGUAAUUGGUAUAGAAGUUUUUAUUAUCACUGAGUGACCACCAGGACUGGCAGGAGGCUGUGUGUAUGAGAGUGCUCACUGUGUCAGCGGGACUGUGCUGCAUCCAGGAGGAAUAAUGGAAGUCCUUUCUGGAGCUAGUGGAUAAACACAGGUAGUUCACUAUUACUGGGACGAUAAAAUUCUCUUCAAAGUAUCCUAGAUCAGCUAGGAUUAACAGGAAUUUUGCACAUAAAAUAUAAGAAAGUAAAGUUUUUAUUUCGUGCCAACUGAUACAGUCUCUUUUAAUACAACAUAGAAACAGAAAAAAAUGUUACUUGUACAUUUAAUUAUACCGUGCAGAUACUGUAUCCUUAAAUACAUCGAUUUGCACUAAUUUUUAUAAGUUUUUUUUGUAUUUAAAGUUGCUCUGUUCUCAUUGUUUUCAUAGUAAAAUUUUUUUUUAUAUUUAUUGAAUCAUUACUGGUAAACAAAAGAACGAGAUCCAGCACUAGGCAGCAUCUGAAAUAAGCAAGUCCAUUUCUGUUGUAUGUUUACACAUGUAGAUUUUAGGGUAGAAUGAAAGUCAUGCUCUGAUCAUUGUUUUUUGCUUAUUUUAACACUGAAUAUUACUAUAAUACAGCAAGCUAAGUUUUUUACGUAUUAAGGGAUGAAUCCCUGACCCCUAAAUAGGUAAAAUCCACACCUGAGCAGAAAAUUAUCACAGUACUUACGUGUACAAACCAUGCUGCAGAAUAGGUAGGGGAACUGAACCUUUCUUCCAGCUGCCUGCUGUUAGGAUAGAUACAAGCAUACAAAAUCCUGGCCAACAGAAACAAGAAUUAUGCAUGUGAAGCCUUUGUUAAUUCAGUCCCUUAAAAAAACACUGAAAUAAACUACCUACUAAUGAAGAAAAUGUUAUGAAUGAGAAUGGCUUUGAAGUGCUGCGAAAUGUUUGGUUAAGUUUCCAUGCAGGUAACCUCCUUUUUUGCUCUGAAUGAAGGUAUAUUUAAAUGGUGCCUCUGCAGUUCUCUUGUGUGCAUUUUCUUUUUCUUGAAGAAACUUCAAAUGUCUUGUGCUAAAUCAUUUGCACUUUUCUAUAGUAUUUGAUGUGUUGCCUGUAAAGGAGUAUGUGAAGGGUUAUACUUGUACUUGUGACUGAAGGUACUGGCUGUCUUGCACAUUAAAACCGUAUAUGUAAAUUUUGAUGCUAAUUAUUGUGCAGAAAACUACGCUAUGAAAAGCCAGUGUCCAUAAAGGAGACAGAGGAGU